AUGGCGACGCGGCCGCCGUCCUUCUUCGGCGGGCUCCGGGCGCGGGAGCUCAGCGGCGGCAGGGGCUCCGCGCGCGCCUCCGCGGCGCGGCUGCCAUACCUCUCCGACCUUUCCUCCGACCCCGGCGACCGCGGCUGCGGGGUCAUCUCCGUCGAGCACUCCGGCGACCCCGCCAUCCCUUUCGCCCCCUCCCCCCUACAGGUCCCGCAGAUCUCUCGCCUUCUGGCGGUCGCCGACGAGGACGGGUAUGUCGCCAUCUACGACACCCGCCGCCGCCUCCCCUCCAGAUCCUCCUCCAUUGAGAAGUCAGCUGAAACGAGGCUGUCCGAUUGGGUUGCUCACAACAAUGCCAUCUUUGACGUGUGCUGGAUCAAGGAGGGAUCCCAAUUACUAACUGCAUCAGGCGACCAAACUGUAAAGAUAUGGAGCGUGGAGAAUAAGAAGUGCCUUGGUGUGCUGUCAGGGCACACUGGAAGUGUCAAGUCAUUGUCAUGCCAUUCUUCAAAUCCUGAUCUUAUUGUUUCCGGUUCAAGAGAUGGUUCUUUUGCACUUUGGGAUCUAAGAUGUGAUCCCAAAACCCCAAAUGGCCAUGGUGAAGCAUGCCUCAUGUCUUCUGCUGUUGUCAAAGAAGCGCACAGUCCCACGCGAAGGAAUCGGACAAGGGCUCGAGCAAAGGGAGCUUCAACAAGCAUCACAUCAGUUCUGUAUCUGAAAGACGAUAUCUCCAUUGCUACUUCUGGUGCUGCAGACAACGUUGUGAAAUUUUGGGAUACACGGAACCUUAAAGCGCCCAUCUCCAACAAAACCUCUCAAUCAACAGCACAACCUUCGAAGGAGGGGGUGACACAUGGGAUCUCUUGCUUGUCUCAAGACUCGUAUGGUGCGCAUAUUGCUGCGUCAUGCAUGGAUCACAGGAUCUAUCUGUAUAGUACUCUCCACAUGGACAAGGGUCCAAUAAAGACUUACACUGGCAGCAAAAUUGAGUCUUUCUUUGUCAAGUCUGCUAUUAGUCCUGAUGGGACUCAUAUUUUAGGCGGUUCGAGCAAUGGCAAUGUUUACUUGUGGCAGGUGGAUCAGCCUGAAAAUGGGCCUAUAGUUCUGAAAGGCCAUGAGGGUGAAGUCACUUCAGUUGACUGGUGCUCUUUGGAGGUUGGAAAGAUAGUAUCAUCAUCUGAUGAUUCCACGGUUCGUGUAUGGAACACCAAGAAAAUAGACUGCACCAACAUUAGUUCCCCAACAGUCAUCCGUAAGAGGGCAACUGCUCCAAACAUCGACUGCCCAAGAUCGGCUAGCCAUGAGCGAGCGACUAGUUCAAGAGAUGUAGCAGCCUGCACCAGUGCUGACAGUGAAUUGCCAACCGGUUCACACUCACCCCUCCGGCCAAGAGUACUGGAGUUUGGCACGCCUGAGUCUGCGAAAAAGAGAGCCUUUUCGGUAUUUCGGGAGGAGGCCUUGGAUACUAGGAACAGCCCAGGAGCUCAAAUGAGCAGUCCCUCUUCAGUCCUGAACCCACCGCCUUCGCUGAAAAGGAAAACUAUCCGGGACUACUUUGGCAGCAGCACAUCUUGA